AUGCUGGACCUCAUCACCAUCUUCUCGGCGGCUGGCUUGCAGCAGGAGCUGAAGGCCGCAAAUGGCGACAAGAGCUUGAUGAUUUCUGAGGGUGCGGAGGAGCCUAGCUUCCUGGAAGCUGCCGCGCAACAGGUCUCAGUGGCCUUGGAUGUGGUGGAUGGGGCUGUGGCUGACGGCUGGGAGGCGAUCUUCGGAACCUUGGCCACAUACAUCAACCAAGGAGUUGGCUGCCUAUCAUGCCUAUCCAUGGAGGCUGAGGUUUGCCAAGCUUGCAGACAGAAAUGA